UCGAUUUUCUGUUCCUAGAAUUGCUGCUCUUCUCUUUGAUCUCCUCUUGGGUUUGCAGGUGUUCGGGAUGGUUUGGUAACUGUCUAGCCGAACGCCUCGGACCUGUGAUUUUUAGGUUUCGCUCCCACUCCUCCACCAUCUUGCUCGUCCCCCUGGAAGCUUCCUUCUGACUUCACCAUUUAAAACCUCUCUCUCAUUAUCAUUCCAGCUGUUCACUGGGGUUUGUUAAUUCUAUACAAAAUAUCUCUUUCUUCAUUAAAACGUAUAUUCAUUGAGUGCCUAUAGCCAUAAGGAAAAGCUGAAGUCAUGUCAAGAAAGCAGAUGAGAGCAUACUUUCCACCCAAGGGAAAUCGUUGGUACAGUCACAGGGGGCCAUACAAGGAGGAUUGUAGAAAUACACACUGGAUUUGGCCCUAGGACGUCACUGGGGUCUUGAACGUGCGUGGUUGCCCUUGAACAGGAGUCAGUUCACGGUCGGGGGGGGUUGAGGAUUGGGUGGGACGUGCAGAAAUGGAACAUCCCGUGGACCGUUGUCUCAAAGAUAAGUCACUGUGAUGCUGGGUCGACAUGUGAGAGUUUGACAGGUUUUUCUAGUGAAGGGAAAGUUCCUGUGGGGGAAGAGGGUUAAAGACGCAGGAGGGAGGGAAGGACUCAAGUCGGAGGUGAAAGUCAGGUUUAACAGUGGGACCCGGGGGGGAAGAAGGGGUGUGCAUACACUUCUGUUUGAGGGUGGGCUGAAAGAUGAGUGUCUGUACAUAUGGCUGGCCCUUGUCCUUUGUGGCAGGAAAUGGGGUUGCUGAGCAUGAAAGAGGGGUGCAUUAAGGUCCCAGUGGAGGUGGGAAUCCCAGAGUGCGUGGUUGUGUGAUGUCUGCCAGCAGUGAGAGGUCUCCAGGAGGCGUUUCACUAGUUGGGUCUGGGGAUUGGGAGGAAAUGCUGGGGCCACCCCAACUUCUCUUUUCCUGCGUCCCCAUGAUUCUGGCUCUGCCCCAUCCAGUUCGCUCCCAGGACCCUGGACAGCGGCGGGUCCUAGACCGGGCGGCCCGACAGCGCCGCAUCAACAGGCAGCUCGAGGCCUUGGAGAAUGACAACUUCCAGGACGACCCCCACGCAGGACUUCCCCAGCUUGGCAAGAGGCUGCCUCAGUUCGAUGAUGAUGCAGAUACCGGAAAGAAAAAGAAGAAAACCCGAGGGGAUCAUUUUAAACUUCGCUUCCGAAAGAACUUUCAGGCCUUGCUGGAGGAGCAGCAGAAUCUGAGUGUGGCCGAGGGCCCCAACUACCUGACGGCCUGUGCAGGACCCCCGUCCCGGCCCCAGCGCCCCUUCUGUGCGGUCUGCGGCUUCCCCUCCCCCUACACGUGUGUCAGCUGCGGCGCCCGCUACUGUACCGUGCGCUGUCUGGGCACCCACCAGGAGACCAGGUGCCUGAAGUGGACUGUGUGAGCCUGGGCGUCCCCAGAGGAGAAGGCCUUCGCGCAUCACCACAACCUCAGAGAGGGCUCGGCCAAAGGGAGAGCGGCUCUUCUGGACCUCGCGAGCAGCGGUUCACUCGCCCAGCAGAGCCGUGUCCUGCCUGCCGGAGCAGAGCAGUCUUCCCGGGGCCUGUGUGCAGGGACGUGGGCGGGGCCGUCAGCGCGCUGCUGUGUGUAAUAAAAGGUUCCUUGCGAUGCGGA